CGCCAACACUUCUCCACACGGCCUCGUCCUCUCACCAGCAACCACAUCCACCUCCUACCGCACACACACGCCACCAUGGAGCUCGACUACGGCGCCUCCGAGGAGCCUUCGCACCAGCUCGUCGUUGGUGACAUUGUCGAGGACGCAGAGCAAGAGCCCGAGGUGCCGCUGAGCCCGCGCAGCGCCGCAGAGGCCAGCCUGCAGGCGCAGCGCCGCCAGGAGGCUGAGCGUCGUGGCGCCUCGUACUAUGCCCUGCCGCAGCGCGAAGCUACUGCCCAUCUGGAGCUCGAGGUGGAGCGCGAGGAGGAAGAGGAGGAGAAGCAGGACCUCACGCCGCCGGAAGUGCCUAUCCCCAUCGGCGGUGGGCUGGAUGUGCGUCUCUCCGCGCUGCACCUCUCCGGCCCGCCGAUCACGCAGCUCUCCACGAGCAGGCUCUUUGCGCUCAUCACGCAGUGGGGCGCCGCACCGCUCGGUCUCGAGUGGGUCAAUGACUCGUCCUGCGUCGUCGUUUUCGCCAAUGCGAUUGCCGCGCUCUCCGCUCUGCAACUCGUCUCGCGGCCCUGGUACACGCCGGCCUACCCGAUUCCGGAGGCGCGCCUCGUCGAAGCCGCAGCACGGGUACAGCAGCAGCACGAGCGCAGCGAACCAGUGGAGGACGAGAUCCCAAACGAGUUCGUUCUCGCUCUCCUCACGCCUCGCCGCACUCGCGCCGUGCCCGUCAAGCUCUACACGCCUGCCGAGCGCGAUGCAUUGGCGGCUGCACGAGCGCCUGCGCCGCAAGAAGAGCUGCCCGAGGAUGCACCGGCCAUCUACGCCGAGAUGCAAGCCGAAGAGGCUGCACUGCGGGCUGCUGAGCCCGCACAAGUGGCUUUACGCGCGCUGCGUGCACCACUCUUUGCACGCUUUGCGCUAGACAGUGCGGACAACAAGCGCAGCCAGGCAGCCAGUAGCUCGAAGUGGUAUGCGCAACACGGCAAAGGCGCAGGCAAGGACGUCGUGCCACGUCUCCUCGAGGUGCGCGAGAAGAAGGCGCGCGGCAGAGGCCUGGCGGGUGGUGCCAUGAUGGACGAUAUGGAUCGCGAGCUCGAUGAGAUGCGCGUGAAGCGCGAGCAGGAGGAGAAGAUGGGCAUUUCGGCCGAGCCGGCGCCCGCUCAAGAUCAGUGGAGGCACGAUCGCUUCGAGGGCGUCAAGCGCGAGGAUGGUGGACGACAGCGCGGGCGCAGGGCGCAACCUCGAGGCGGACUGGAUGCGCUAGACGAGGAGCUGGAGGAGUUCCGCUCAGAUCGGGCCCGCUCGGCAUCGCCCGUCCGGCCGACGAACAACGGGCAGAUUCGCAUUCGAGGAAGAGGAGCGAUGCGCAGUGCCCUGGCAUGGGCAGACGAGGAUGAAGUGGCGCGCAGCAGCAGUAGCAAGAAGGCAAGAGGCCUGGAGGCUCGCCUUGGCGCCGGCAAGCUUGCAGAUCGCUUCGCAGACAACCUCGAGAGCCGCUUCUCGUGAGCGCGACAUGCACGGCCCCACGUCGCUCUUCUGCCCGCUCUCUUGCGCUCGCAUGAAUCGUCCUUUCCUGCACUCUCGCUGUUGCUAUCUACACACCGUCUGGUCCGCAGCUCUUCGAGGCGCACUUCUGCAACGAGUCCCCUCAAUGUAUGCUCUCACGCUCUCACUAUGUCAUUGCUCUUCUGCCUG